UGCAAAUAUUCAUAUCGUCAUAGAUGCUGUUUCUUAUGUAAUUGAGGUUUAAAUGCACCACUCUCCAUGAUUGUGUAUGUUCUAUAUGUUAAUUGGAUUAAACAAUUGAAACUUUCCAUGAUUGCUUUUAAAUAUUGCCUUUAAUCUUGUGGUCAUGAGUUCUUGUGAUUUGCAAUGAGCUUUUAGUCUCUUAUUAAAUAAGACAGUUAAACUAUUUAGUUCAUAUUUGAACUUAGAUUGUUAGUUUUAGAAAUUAGAAUUUAGGGAUUAGGUUAAAUGUCAAUAUGGGCUUGCUAAAUUGCUAAUUCUAAGAAAAUAAGGAUCAUAACCACAUUCAAAUUUCAUUUUUUCUAACAGUAACUGUAAUUUCAAAUGAUGUUAGAAUUAUGGAACAUUGAUAUACCAACCUAGUAGUUAUGGCAUGAUUUGUCAUUGUUUAUGAUUUGAUGUAAAGUGGAUCAAUUUUUUAUGUUAGCUUGUAGACCCCUAAUGCCCCUGUUUAUGUCAUUUUCUCUUGUUUGUUUCAUAUAACAUCAUUUCUUUGGUGGUGCAAUGAGUGUCUUCACACAACACAAACUCUUCUGAACUCAGUUGGAGUCUCCAGUGCAACUCCUGAGGUUGUUGCAAUAAAUUGGAUUCUCAAGCAGCUCAGUUCCCACCUCUUAACUCCUGUUCCAGUAGUCAAUCACUAUAUUUGCUCAACCAGGUGGGUGGUCUAAUCAAGCAAUAAAUUGUAUUAGCCGAUUUUCAAAAUGGCUUUCUCGUAGGAGCUUGCUUGUUGAUGGGGAUGCAAAGACGUGUCAAUUUUCCGUGCAGUGAUUUCGAAUCCAUAUUUUCCCGCUAGCCACUUACAACUGAGAUAAAUUGUUUCAUCAAUCCAUGGCGUCGUCCUUAGCCAUUUUCUCCUCCACACUCCACCACUUUCGCUCUUCCUCUUCUACCACUACUACUAGUACUCCAAGUCAUAAGAAUCCUCCUCAUUCGAGAAGCAGUGAGUCCUCUUUAAUCAACGAUCUUAUCCAUAAUUUCAACUCUCCUUACGAGCUCAGACAACUCCAUGCUCAUGUUAUCAAGACCAACACUUGUCUCUCUUCUACCCUUUCCAUUUCCAGGGUUGCCUCUGUUUGUGCUCUCACUCCUAGCUUCUCUUAUGCACAUAAAAUCUUCCAACAAGAAGGGAAAUCUGAUUCAAUUGUGGAGUGGAAUUCAUGCUUAAGGGCAUUUGCGGAAAGCGAUUGUCCAAGGGAUGCCAUUGCGCUGUUGUAUCAACUGAGACAUCACAAUGUAUUCCCUGACGCUUUCACUUGUUCUUUUGUUCUCAAGGCCUGCACCCAGCUCCUGGAUCUUUCACACGGCAAGAUCGUUCACGCGAUUAUCGAGAAAUUGGGGCUUCGGUCUAACAUCUUCUUGCAGAACACGCUUGUCCUUUUGUAUGCUCUUUGUGGGGCAAUGGAUGACGCAUCUCUUCUAUUUGAGAAAAUGCCCAAGAAAGAUAUUGUGACUUGGAAUAUAAUGAUAACUCAAUUGGCUAAACAAAAAGAUGUAGAUCUGGCGUAUGAAGUGUUUCUCAAGAUGCCGGAGAGAAGUGUGAGAUCAUGGACUGCUAUGAUUGCGGGUUUUGUUCAAUGUGGAAAGCCGAAGGAUGCAAUUAGUCUUUUUACAGAGAUGGAAAAGGUAGGCAUGGAACCAAAUGAGGUGACACUAGUUGCAGUUCUUGCUGCAUGUGCGGACUUGGGUGCUCUGGACCUUGGGAUGAGGAUUCACGAACAAUCCGAUCGCAAUGGUUAUAGGAAAAAUGUUAAAAUAUGCAACACCUUAAUCGAUAUGUACAUUAAAUGUGGAUGCUUGGAGGCUGCCAUGAGAGUUUUUGAUGGUAUGGAUCAACAACAACGAACUGUUGUGUCAUGGUCAGCUAUGAUCCAUGGGCUUGCAAUGCACGGACAGGCAGAGAAAUCUCUAAAUCUCUUUUCUACCAUGACUCAAUUGAGGAGAAUCAAGCCGAACAGUGUCACCUUUAUCGGUUUGCUCCAUGCUUGUAGCCACAUGGGGUUGAUAAAUGAAGGCCGGAAAUUCUUUGCCUCCAUGACUAAUGACUACGGAAUAACUCCACGUAUUGAACACUACGGUUGUAUGGUGGAUUUGUUUAGUCGUGGGGGACUUCUGCAAGAAGCUCACGAGUUCAUCAAGAAUAUGCCCAUAAAGCCGAACUCAGUUAUUUGGGGAGCCUUACUUGGUGGAUGUAAACUGCACAAGAAUGUUGAAUUGGCAGAGGAAGUAAUUAAGCAUCUAAGUGAACUUGAUCCAUCAAAUGAUGGUUAUUAUGUAGUUUUGUCAAACAUAUAUGCAGAUUUAAAGAGGUGGGGAGAUGUAGCUAGAAUGAGGAAGAUGAUGAGGGAUGUAGGGGUGAAGAAGACACCUGGAUGGAGUUCAAUUAGCGUUAAUGGUGUUGUACAUGAGUUUUCAGCUGGGGGAGAUGAGGGGCAUCCAGAAUCAGAGAAGAUAUUUGAAAUGUGGGAAGAAAUGUUGAAAAUAAUGAAGCUAAAAGGGUAUGUACCCAACACAUCAGUGGUUCUCUUGGACAUGGAAGAGAAUGAAAAGGUGAAAGUUGUGUGUCGUCACAGUGAGAAGUUAGCUUUGGUGUUCGGGCUGAUGAAGACACCAAAUGGAGGAGACCCGAUUCGGAUAAUGAAGAACAUUCGUGUGUGUGAAGAUUGCCACAAUGCUUUCAAGAUCAUAUCUGAGAUUGUUGACAGAGAGAUAAUAUUGGGUGAUAGGAACAGGUUCCAUUGUUUCAGACAAGGCUUGUGUUCCUGCCAUGACUAUUGGUAGUAAACAAAUGGAGGGAUAGAAGAAAUAUAACCAAACUUUAUUUGGAGAAAGUUACCGUAAUGUUUAUUUAUAAACAAUGUCUUGCGUGAAGGGAUGGAUACCCUAUUGAUUAGGAAAAAACCUCCAACGGAUUAUUAGUAGAGAGUUUUACCGGCAUUCUUGUGUUAAAUUCUUAACUUGAGAUAUAAAAUUUGCCUUCUUAUAUU